AACAGCUGGUUUGUUGCAAACAAAAAACUCAUGACAUCAUGAUAGCGAAAAAGAAAUAAAAUUUUGUUUUGUAUAAAUAUUUUCUCUGUUUAUUUACUAUUCCAUACAAAUUUAAAAGAAAAUUCCAAUAAAAAUAAAUGGGUGUUUGCGCUGUGUUUGAUUGCAAAAAUGAUUCAGAAAAGAAAUUAACCCAUGAUACAAGUUUUCAUUUGUUUCCAAAAGAUCCACAACUACGCGAAAAGUGGGUUGCCUUUUGUAAAACCACUACUAUAGUACGUGCCUCGAGAAUUUGUAGUCUUCAUUUCAAAGAAGACGACUUUGAAAAUAAUAUUAAAUAUCAAAUGGGAUUUGCAUCUAUACGUAUAUUGUUAAAAACUGCUGUUCCAACUGUACGCUCAGAAAUAAGUCGAUUUGAUUUCCAAUCUGGACAAAUUCCAUUUCCCAGUUCAAGUUCCAUUUCAGAUAACUUACAUGUUACAAAUUCAGUAUCAAAUGAUGUCCUUGUAGGCAAUGAAGAUAGUUCAGGAUUAGCCUGUGAUGAAAGGAUUUCAUUAAAAGAAGAGUUGGUCAACCAUUUAACUAAACAAACCAAUUCUAUUAUUACACGAAUCAAUUGUGAACCUGACAGCAACAACGAUAAUUCUAAAAUGAAUUCAAAUAAUGAGGAAUUCUCUAUGAAGAAAGAACUUAAAGAGGAUUCAAUGGAAUACGAAAAUUCUAUUGGACCAUCGAGUUUGGAUGAAAAUGAUUACAGUCAAUGUCCACACAUAGAUGAAGAACUUUUCUCUGGAACACCCUCGUCAAGAAAAGACAAAACCAAUGCUUAUUUCACACCAUCCAAUAGAAAAUCGACUAAAAAAAUGCACAAAUCGGGAAGAAAUUCUGCGCGAAGGGUUAUGCAUGCGUGGGUAGAUGCCACGGAAACGUCACGUUUGAUUGCUGCUGUAAAAAGAAACACCGGGCUCUGGGAUGUCAGAUCACCCAAAUACAAGUUGCCAAAGAACGAUGCUUGGCAAGAGGUGGCAGAGGAAGUUGGCAACGUAACUGCUGACGAUGCAAAAAUCAAAUGGAUGAAUCUUCGUGUUACAUUCAGACUGAACUGGAUGAAAAUACACAAAAGAAAGCCAGGCAGAAGACCGGCAAUAGUAAAAUGGAGGCAUUACGAUGAAAUGACUUUCCUUGGGGUCAACGAGAUACAAAGGACUUGCGGAUCGACAUCAUCGCCAGUUCUUCAUAAUGAAACAUCCGAAAAGUCAUUUUUGGAUGAAAUGUCACAAUCUUCUAUUCCAUCAGCACCAUCUACCGUUGAUAAAUUUCAAAAAUAUGAACCCGAUGUUCAACCGCCUUCAAUUGCACCAUGUUCAUCGCCAGCACCAUCAUCAAGGUCAACUAUUGAUUCUGUAAGUAAAAAAGAUGCUGCAGCACAAGUGUGGUUUGAUUGUCACUCAAACUCAAGACCACCACGAAGUGAUGAGCAUUCGGUUUUUGGUGAAUAUAUUGCUUCUGAAUUGAGACUUCUUCAGAGCGAUGCAUCGGAUUUGUUACGAGAUCAAAUUGUUCGGCUGCUACUCGAUUUUAAGGCAUCUAUACGUAGGGUUGCAAAUCCUACACUGAAUUUUCCUAACAUUCGGCCAGAAUGGCCUUCGAAUUAAAACCACUAACAUUCAAUUGACCUAAACUUAAGUUACAAUAAG